CAGCGUGCUCGCGGGGGCGCGCACGCGGGGCUGCGGGGCGAGGCGCGGGGCCCGGGUGGCGAAUCCGCUGCUCGCGCCUCCCGCCCCGCCUGCGCGCGCGGGCCUCGGGAGGAGGGUGCGCGGCAGAGGGGGGAGUCGGGGAGGGGCCGCGCCCUGUCCUCGCCUGCAGUGGGCAUGGCCGGGGCCCCGGGAGGCCUCGUUGGUAUUCCAGGCACAGCCGAAGCUCUGACCUCCCCGAGAAACAGGGGCGCCCGGGCUCGCGGGCACGGCCGUCGCCCCUAGGCGGUCUCCCGGGGUUGCGGGGCCCGUAGGAGCCUUGCUUCCCCCACCCACCGUCCCCUCCUCUCCAGGGCCCCCCGUACCCCCUCCCCCGCCCCGAUCCGGCGGCGAAGGGGUGGGCAGGGAAACGCGCUCUCUGGGACAGGUGCCAACUCCGAGACAAAAGACAUAAAAUAGGCGGCAACGGGGGAAGCGCGGCUGGCGCGCUCGGGCGGGGACGGAGACGCCGCGGGGGCCGCAUCCUCGGUGCCGACCGGGGAAAGUUUGGGAAGUCGCCGCGGCGGCUUCGCAGCGGCGGGGGACGCGCGGGCCGUGCCGCCCUCCGCGCCGCGCUCGCUCUCUCCGCGCCGCUGCUGAAUAAUUCAUGGCGCGGCCGCCGGCCAUUAGCAUGCACCGGGCGCGAGGCGCGUCUGUGCCAAGCCGCCACCGCCGCAUUCGGCGCCCGGGCCGCGCCAGACGAUCGGCCGCGCGGAGGCCGGGCCCGCGCUGUCCCCGCGCCCGCCCGCCCGCCCGCCAGCCCUGCGGCGCCCAUUGUGCCUCGGGCCCGCGCCGCCAGGUCGCCCCCAUCCCGCCCGAAAGCUGCAGCGCGCCCGAUGGCCAGGCGCUGCAAGUUCGGGCCCACGGCGUCCGCCCGCCCGGGGAUGCACGUGAACUUGGAGAAAGUCGCGGGGCGUGUUGGCCCGGACCUCCGCGGCAGGGCGUGGGCGCCCCCGGCCCGGCGCGCUUUCGUUUUCGUCCAGGACAAAGGUCCCUCGCGGCGCUAGUCGCGGACGCGGAGACUGGGUCCGGCGGGCCACUCUUCGGCGAGGUCUGGCGGUUCAAUAUUGGGAAGACGGAGCCGGGAGAAGAGGAGCAGUGCAGUCCGCGGCGCGGUGCGGGACUGGGGGAGCGGGGCCUGGCUGUGCGCUUCGCCCGCGCGGUGAGGGAGCCGACCUGCCCGGCGAAGAGUUUCGGGAGACGGCACCGCUUGGCUUUCUGCCGUUUGGGCGCCUGCGGAAGGGAAGCGUUUGGAGCCCAGGACUCAGACCGAGGGCCGAGGGCCUGUGCAAGGGCUGUGGGCACCGUAGCGCAGCGCGGGCUGUGUCCGGGCGCGUUCUCCCGCAAGGGCACCGCUGCCGACCUGCGCGCCACGGGUCACCGUCGGGUUCAAGGCGACUCCUGAGAACGGUGGCUCACACACAGGCCUGGCCCCGGCUCUGGCCAGUCUGUGGGGCGCGAGAAGGGGGUGAAGAAAUGCACGUUUGCCGUGGGUCCAGGGGUUUCAGGUAACGCUGACGUGAAUUUCUUCGAAGUUGGGUUUCCGCAGCCCGGGCCGGCUCCGCAGCACGGCAGCAAGGCACGGCCUCCCACGGUUCUCGUCCAUCGGUGCUAGCUGUUGGGGAUUUGAAAAUGUGCAUGUUCAUGUGCGUCCCCUGUUAAAAUGAAACCCACCCCGGCGGGGGGGGGGAGCCCACUUUCCAACACGGCCACGUCGCAGGUACGAUUUCCCUGCGGCUCUGGUGGCGUGGUUCGGGCCGGCUUGCAGGGCGCUCCGACCACGGUGGCCGGGGAGGGACGGCCUGUGUCCACAGCACUCCGAGUGGUGAGCUGGCACUGGAGGCCGAGUUUCCGGGAACGUGGACAGAGGCCUGAGCAGCCCGGGCCUGCCUCGCGCCGCCCUCUUCCGGGCGGCCCGGCUCCCCGGACCCCAGGAAGAAGCCCAAACACGCAGGGCAUUUCAGGAAGGUCUGGCCCUCCCUGGCCCGGAGGCUGUAAGUUUGCCUCGGUCCUGCAGGCUCACCCGGCCCGGCUGUUUGGCUGGGCCCUUACCCCCCUCCCAGAGCCCACUCCCCCCAUUUUGAAUUUUUAUUUCUGGCUGUAUGUAUCCGAGGCAGUUGGCGGACGUGAGACCGGGGGUGGGACGAUCGGGGGUGAUCUCGGAAUCGGGGUGCAGCUGCCGAAGGCGUGCACUCCAGCUGGGAGCUGUGCACGGUGUGGUGUUGGCGGUGACGAGGUGGGUAAUUAUGCAAAGCUCCGGUGCUCUCGGGGCCUUGCCUGCAAAAUGUGGGAGCCCCUCUCUCUGGGUGCACAGAUGACCUGCAACGCGCUGCCUGCUGGGUGGGGACGGUGCAGCCCUCUGCUGCGGCCGUGGGGCACCCCCCGGGAUUAAAACAGAUUGCAAAAAAGGGGGCUCCCGUGGCUCCUCCACGGGCCCACGGGCACAGGGACAGGGCUGAGCACCCCAGGAUGCGCCUGUCGGGUCGCUUAGCAGGGGCUGCUGUGCGUCACGGCCCCUGAGGCCCGUCUCCGGCCCUGAAGUGUGCCCCUGGCCUGCGGAAUGUGGUGAAGUUGAAUCUCCAGGAAACAGAGGGGCUGCCUCACGGGCCCAGGCCCUGCCUUUGUCCUUGUUCUUCGGGGCCAGCCCUGUUCCAGGGGUGACUGCGGUCCCACCAGGGCCCUCUUGUGUGUUGGGACACCCCCUCCAGGCCGAGUUUCGUUUUUGGUGACCCACGCACGAGAGACGGGGUUCUGAAAACGAAACUGGUGCCUGUCUUGUCUUCUUCUUUUAUCACAUCUGGGUGCCGAUCAGGGGGCCAGGCUCUCGUGGGCUGGGGCGGGCUGGUGGGGAGAUGGCCCUGGUAUUCUUGUUUUUGCCUUAAACCAGGGCAGCCCCUCCCUGCACCGGGGCCCCGCCGUGCCCAGCCCCUGGCCACCUGUGGCCCCAGAUCCCGGGUGCUGGGGAG